UUUUAUUUUUUCCCUGUUGGAGCUCAAGCUUGAAUUUAUUGCACCAGAUUCAAGCCAAGCUCGGCGGCACUCAGAAUUUAAAAAAACAGUGGAUAUAGCUGGCAUUUUGUCCCUGGCCCCGAGUACCAAACCACCAUUAAUUAAUGAACAUUUGCGCCUACAAUUUAUCUCCCAGACCUCAAGCCACUAGCGAUCAACUGCCUCCCUUUAUGCACAGUAUUCACAUAUGGGUGCCUACCUUCGUCUCUGUCGAAAAGUUUGAAUUCCAGUCAAAUCAAAACGUUGAUUCCAUAAUUCUAUUAAAUGAUCUCGGCAUAAAAAGAGAAGGUAUUUAUGAAUCUCAAAUUGAAAACAUGUCAAUUGAUUUCCCUAAAAGUUUUUGGGGCUUUUAGAGAUUUUCCAAACUUGUGAGGCCGAUAGAUUGUGCUAAAAUUUAAACAACUCCUACCGUGAGGGUAGCGAAGUUGUUAAUUUUGUUUUAUAUUAUUGUCCCAUUCCCAUCUCUGAUCUCUCCUCGAGUCAUCAUUUCUCUGCAACAAUGAGAUAAAACAAAAUAUCAGAAAAGGAAAUUUAAAACCCCUGAUAGAAAAAAUCUUGGUUCGCUGUUUACAACGAUGAAGAUAGGAGGCGAUUUGUUGAAAUGGCUUUUCAUCAUUCUCUUAGCGCUUGUUCUUCUCCGUUUUAAGUCGGUCUCCGCCGUCUGUGAACUCAGUUUCACUGACCAUGAUAAGCGCAUUAACUAUAGCUUGACCACUCCUCUCGCUAUGUUCCCUCACGGUGUCCGGAGUGAAGACGGGUUCUAUAAGGUAGCUGUGAAUGAGACUGUGAUCUGGUUUCAGCUUUGCGAUGAGAUGUUAUUCAAUCAUGACCCUCCUAGAUGUGUUAAUUGCUUGGAGUGUGGGGGUCCAUCACACUGUGGAUCAGAAUGUAGUGCACUUGUGUCAAACAACAUUGGUGGAUAUGAUGUAUGCACUACUAUUGGGCUUGUAUCACGCACAAGUAUAGAGGUUAUGGAUAAAAAGAAUCCUCACAAGGGUGUUGUUGUUAACAUGUCAAAUAUUGGUCGAAAGAAGAAUUGUUCACUUUCUGUAACUGUCAUAUGUGACCAGUAUGGAGUUCAGGGGCCACAGUCUAUGGAGAUAUUGGGGAAAUGUGAUUAUGCUACAGUGCUGCGACAUCCUGCUGGUUGUGCAACAGUUAUAUCUAUUGCUGGAAGAGGGUGGGGCUGGUUUGGAGCCUUCAUAACAAUAAUCUUGUGCCUCUUUGGAAGCUAUCUACUGGCUGGUACAGUUUAUCGAUUUUUCUUUCUUGGAGUUCAUGGUGUAAAUGCGAUUCCAAACUUGGAUACUUGGACCAGCUUACCACACAGAACACAGAGUUUUAUUACAUCUCUGGUAAGGAGGUUUAGAGGACCUACUGAAGGGCAUCGAAGCUCCUAUUCUCCUGUCGACUUUUGAACAUUUACCAGCUCGCUCUGGGUCUUUGUGGGUAUAUCAGUUUGAGAAAUGUCAGUUCUACAAUGCAAUAUCUGCCAGCAAGGGCCAUGUUUGUUAUGCAUUUGGACAUGAUCCUACAGUUUUGCUCGAUUGCCGCAUCAUGACAGAUUCUUAAAUUUCAUAGCAGAGCUACCACAUCUCUGGCAUUUCUGCUUCCAAAUUUCCAUCAGUCAUAUGAUUAUUUUGGUAAAAAAGAAAAGGAGUCUGCUAUUCCAUUUAUUGUAGACUGUUACAAUGCCAACGAGAAAGAAAAAAGCUGUUACCAAUA